GCAGGACCGAGCACAUGUGUCUUCAUUUCUUAUUUAACUGCAAUAAUCAUACCUGUUUGCAAUAUAUCUCGAUAAUUAUUUUUCGCUCUUCCAAGAUUGAGUACCGGAAUCUCGUAUAAAGCCUGUUGAAGAAUGGUUCCCCCGGUUUUCUCCUCAGCCCUCUAGGUGUUCUACUCGAGACCGAGGUUCGAACUUCUUGGCCAACAUACUUAUCACGCCACAUACAUUACCUGUAUAAGUAGCAGUUGGCCGACCUUCACAAUGCGAUUCUGGAAUGCCUUAGUUCUCAUCACCCUACUUCCGAUUGCCAUAGUGGCUGAUUUCCACCUUGGAAUAGGCGCUUGGACAGAGCACAUAGGCAGCUUUACCGGUGCCGGCAAGGCUUCACUGCAUUGGGUUUUCCUCCCAUCGGACCAUGAUGGUUGCCGCCAGGCAAAUCACCUGGGCUCUGACUUCCCCAUGGUCAGCCUCGGGUCACCACUGAUCGUUACGCUUUGCGGUGUGGUGAUCACAGUUCCCGAUGAACUUGGCCACUGGAACUCCUCGGACGGAGAAAGUGGAUAUUGUUACCCAACUGCAGAUGGCAUCAGCAAUUGACCAAGAAAACUUCAUCGCUCCAACCUGACACUUGGU